GGAAUUCGUGAUUUCCAGAUUGCCACAGAUCACUUUGAUAUGGACCUCAUGAUUAGAGGAGUAGUAUAAAAUGGUAAGAUGAGUUGGAUUGAAGUAGUGGGAAGUAAGCAUGGCAGCGGGAGUUUGUCUAACUAGAUGUACUUACCGCCUUCCUCUUUAUGGCCUUGUGCGGAAGAGACCCAUUACAUUCUGCUCGGUCAAGGAGGAUGAGCAACAAGAGCAAGAGAGGAGUGAAAGGAAACCAAUAUUUGUUGCUGGUGCUACAGGAAAGACAGGCAAGCGGAUUGUAACCCAGCUGUUAGAGAGAGGGUUUAAAGUGAAGGCUGGUGUAUUGGACGUUGAAAGAGCCAGCAGUAGCCUGCCCACUCACAACUCCCUUCAAAUUGUGAAGGCAGAUGUGACAGAGGGAGCAGCUAAGCUGAGUGAUGCCAUAGGUGAUUGCGAAGCUGUUAUCUGUGCUACAGGUUUUCGUCCGUCAUUAGAUUUUCUUGUACCUUGGAAGGUUGAUAACUUUGGAACAGUGAGUCUAGUAGAUGCAUGCCAGAGUAUUGGUAUCAAUAGAUUUAUUCUUAUUAGUUCCAUCCUAGUGAAUGGUGCAGCAACUGGACAGAUAUUUAAUCCUGCAUAUAUUGUGCUCAAUAUCUUUGGCUUGACACUAAUAGCAAAGCUGCAAGCAGAGCAAUACAUUAGAAAGUCCGGAAUCAACUUUACCAUCAUUAGGCCAGGAGGCCUGAGGGAUGACCCUCCAAGCGGAAAUAUUGUUAUGGAACCCGAGGACAAGCUUUUUGAAGGCUCCAUAUCACGAGAUCAGGUUGCUCUUGUUGCUGUAGAAUCUCUCCUAUAUCCAGAGGCAUCAUACAAGGUUGUGGAAAUCGUUUCCCAAGCAAAUGCUCCUAAAAAACCUCUACAAGAACUUUUUUCACAGAUCAAAUAAGGUCGGCUACUUUGGAUGUCAUAAUGAAAAAUUCAUUGAAAUUAUUUUGUUUGCACUGUUGUUUUAAUGCCACUUUUGCAUAGCAUCUUUGCAAAAGGUAUCCAUUCAAAUUAUUUUUUGAAAAAUUUAAUGUUAUUCAGGUUUCUACA